CACCCCAUACUGAGCAGCAUUUGACAAAGAUGUUCCUUGGAGUCUUCACCUUCUAGCAGGAGCUUUGAACCAACCCCAAGAUUACUCUCUCAGAAGAAGUAAACCCACCAAACCCUGACAGCUCGGUCAAGGAUCCAGACAGAGAAAGAUGGAGUUGAAAGCUCUCUGGGCUGUGCUGGAAUUCUCUCUUCUCUCAGCUUGUGUCUGGGGGCAAUUCCUGGAAGAUGAAAAGAAAUAUGAAUUUGGAGUCUCCAUCUCAGGAACCAAAGUGACACUGACCUGCCCUGAUGCUAGUGAGGGCAGUACAAUAUGGAAGAAAAAUGAUGAAAUAAUAAAUGGAGUGGAAGAAUCUACACUCACCCUAAUAGACUCAGAGACUGAAUAUAGUGGCCAAUUCCAUUGUAAAAAGAAAGAAAUAAAUGACGACGGCUAUUAUCUUUACCUGAAAACAAGAGUGUGUGACGGUUGUAUGGAGGUGGAGGUGCUGACCGUUGCCGGGAUUAUCAUUGCUGAUGUCUUCAUCACUCUGGGAGUGCUGGUUCUGGUGUAUUACUGGAGUAAGGGGCGAAAGGCCAAGGCCAAGCCUGUUGGUCGAGGGGGAGGUGCUGGUGGCAGGACUAGAGGAGCAAACAAGGAGAGGCCUCCACCAGUUCCCAACCCUGACUAUGAGCCCAUCCGCAAAGGUCAACGGGACCUAUAUGCUGGCCUGAAUCAGAGAGCCAUCUGAGCAUUCCUGAGGACCCUUUGCUUUCACUGCAGCCCCUAUUUUGGAGUUCUACUGUGUGCUCUCUCCCCACUCUAGCCUGGGGCAUCAUAGAACUACAGCAUCCAAAAAGAAACGGUUUCCUCUUCUAAAUGUUGAUUCCACUUCUAGGAAAACUGACUCCUCUGCCCCCACAGUGUUAUCCUCAGCCAUCUUCUUCUAGCCCUCUGCUAUAGUUCCCUGACCAUAAGGCAUAACUACUCCCCCAGUGUUGAAAUUAUAUUUGCAAGGUACAAGUGGUGCUAGGCACCAUAAUCAAUCAUGAAACUAGAAAUGGAUGCCAGCCUUGGAGGAUCAACCAAAAGCUCUGGAACCUUGGAAUCAUUGCUUGUUCCAGCCUUGUUCAAGGCUUAGUCCUUUUUCUAUUGCCAAAUUGUCCCAGUACCCCUAGUUUCACCCCCUUCUCCAUGCCUAGCUUAUCACUCUUCUGGUAUUCUCUGGAGCUUGGCAUGUCUAAUGUUCUCAAGUGUUCUGUCCUUCACAGAGUCUGGCACCAGUCUACUGCCUCUAGAUCACUCUUUCCUACCUUCUCUGUGAAAAGUUUAGUCUUCAUGUAGACUGUGAUAGCCCAAUAAAGUACAUUUGAGUUAAAAGA